AUGCUGAGAAAGAUGGAUGAAGGAGAAAUCAUCACAAAUGCUUUCCCUCAGAACCUAACUGCUUCUGCUGCAUCUAAUAGUAAUAACAAUCCUCCUCCUGCUUUGAAGAGGAAGAGAAACCUCCCAGGAAACCCAGGCAUGCUUGUUUCUUUGAUCUUCAGACUCUCUGUUUUCUCUUCUGUAUAUUCAAAGUUAAUUUGCUUUUUCAUCAAGAGAAAAGAAAAAAGUUCGACAAAUGAUUUAAUAUGUGAAUCUUUCUAUUUGCACAGAUCCUGA